CUUCAGAUGAAAAGCUUUUACGUAGGUCCUACCUAGCCGUCCACAGAGUAUUAAAAUCUGACUCCUUCCAUUCUCGUAAAUUUUUGGGUCUUGUACCAAAUUGAAGAUAUGAGAGAUGCAGAAUGCUAAGGUUAAAUAGCUAGAUAAUACUAAUUCAGACUGGAAUAUUCUUCAUAGAGUGCGUGGGGGAAGCCUAAGGGUCAGAGGAAGAAGCAUUCUAGAGAGACAAAGACAAAUGUUUUCCACAGGAACCCUCCUUCUGGCUGCUCUGAUUUCACCUGCACUGGCUGGACCAUGGGCUAUUAUCUGUGCUGGCAAGUCUUCCAAUGAGAUCCGGACAUGUGAUGCUCAUGGCUGUGGCCAGUACACGGCUCAGAGAAAUCAGAAGCUUCACCAGGGUGUAGAUGUCCUGUGCUCAGAUGGCUCUACUGUUUAUGCACCUUUCACCGGAAAGAUCAUGGGCCAGGAGAAACCUUAUAAAAAUAAAAAUGCCAUUAAUAAUGGUGUUCGGAUCUCUGGAAGAGGUUUCUGCAUUAAAAUGUUCUACAUCAAGCCAAUUAAAUAUAAAGGUUCUAUCAAGAAGGGAGAAAAACUGGGCACUCUGCUGCCCUUGCAAAAAGUUUAUCCUGGAAUACAGUCCCACAUACAUAUUGAAAACUGUGACUUGAGUGAUCCUACUGUGUACCUAUAGAUGGAGGACAACUCAUCUUCUAAAAAGACAGCCAUCUUCUUAAAACCUAGGCACCUAUCCUGCUUUUCAAUAAAUUUGUGCUCAAAGAGAACCAUGACGAAUGAAAGAAAGAAAAAAGCAUUUUGAUUUCAA